CCAGGCGGACUCUACAGUCAGUCAGUCUCAGAGGGGUGACCCAGGAUCUGCCCAGCCUUCUCCCUCCUGGCUGACAGCUGACAGCUGACUGACGGAGAUGAGCCGUAGAGGAGAACAGGAGGAAGAGCCGAAGUGCGUUUUCCUGUGAAAAGGGGAGGAAAGGGUCUGUGGUAUUGCUUCGCGGAGAGGAGAAGACGAAGAAGAACGAUGUCCUAACUAGGGGAGUUGUUUCAGCAGCAGAGAGCGGCCUGCAGGCCCGGUGAGUGUUGCAGGAAUACCGAGAGUGUCAGCGGGGGGUGGGGGGGUAUUCCCUGCUGGGAAUAUUAUCCAGGAUGCAAACAUUUGCACGGAGGGGAUAUUAAACUUCACGUUCCCUCUGCAGCAUCUCUCGGGCCUCUUCGUGUGUGCGUGUGUGUGUGUGUGUGUGCGUGUUUGUUUUCGCGCCGGAGUGCGCGACAGUGAGCAGGACUAUGAGUCUGGUGUCAGGCUACCCUCACCACCCGAUCAUGCACCACCACGACAGCCACCACUAUUCGCUGCACGCGGCGGCGGCCGGACGGUGCCACGAGGACACCGGGGCGCCUCCGUACUUCACGAGCUGGCUGAUCAGCCACGCGGACAUGUCGCCCACAGAGUACAGCCUCGCGCCGGGCUACAGCCCGGAGUACCACACCAACAGCGGGGGCGACUCCUCCGGCGGCCUGGACGCGCGCCACCACCACCACUACGGACCCGGGAACCAUCUGAUCCCGGGCCCCGGCAGCAUCUCUAUGAACGGAGCCACGGUCGGCAUGCACCACCACCACCACGCACACCCACGAACCAUAAAGCGGAGACCCACUGCAAAUCGCAAGGAGAGGCGACGGACCCAAAGCAUCAAUUCGGCCUUCGCGGAGCUCAGGGAGUGCAUCCCCAACGUCCCGGCCGACACCAAGCUGUCCAAGAUCAAGACUCUGCGGCUGGCCACCAGCUACAUCUCCUACCUGAUGGACAUCCUGGACAAGGACGGCCAGCACGGAGACACGCAGGCGUUUAAAGCCGAGCUGAAAAAAACGGAGGCACGGGAGGAACGCAGGAAAAGAGAGGCGGUGGAGAUCCCUAAAGCUGCCUCUUCGUCUUCGUCCUCCUCAUCAGUAGGAGAUAAGAAGAGCAAAGGUCGGACAGGAUGGCCUCAGCAUGUCUGGGCUCUGGAACUCAAACAGUAGUGACCCCUCCACUCCCACUUCCGCUCCUAAAUUUGACCCCCGGGUUUUUGAUGGACAGUGCGUGCCUCUGCACUCUCGGGCUCCCCACAGCGACGGGGCCGGAUGGACGCUGCAGACGGUCGUCCUACUGCUUGGCCACGGUCUCGGUUGGACCCCGGGAAGAAGAAGAAGAAGAAGAAGYGACGUGUCCCCAGGAAGGAGCCUGGGUUUGGGCUGAGGUCCAUCUCGACAGGCACAGACGGAGUUAUGUCCCCUGCCACCCUUCUGAACAAACCAAACCAUCCCCACCCCAAACACACACACAUACACACACAUUUACAUGCAUUUGUUUACCAAUGUGUUUGCGUAGUUGACCACACAAAUGGGGAAUUGUGUGUGUUUUAUUUAAGGGAAUAUAUUUAUGUUUAAUGUGGCCAUUAAACGGGUUUCUGCUGGAACUCUCACUCGGAUGUAUGUGAACACAUCUCUCUCUCUCUCCUAUUGCAGUUUUAGGUUGUAAACGUAGUGCCGUCACGCCACUGACAAAGUGUCUGUGUUUUUAUGUGAAAACGUGCUGGGAGUCUAAAUAAUGCUUGUUGUGGGAUGUAAACGAUGUCGUGAAAAGAAUAAAAAGCACCACUUGGUGAAAUGGUGGCUGGUUCAAACUGGGCUCAUCUCUGCCUCUCACUCAGCAGUGUCAGCGCUGCA